AUGAUACUUUCAACAUGCUUAAACGUGAGUUAUCAAGUUUUGGCUUUCUAUGAUCCGUGCAAAGAAGUACAGUUAAUCACUGAUGCUAGUAAUCAUGCCAUAGGUGGAAUACUCUUACAAAAAGAAGGAACAUGGAGUAAACCAAUCUGCUACAUAAGUAGAUCAUUAACCGCAGCCGAGUUAAAAUAUAGUAUUACAGAAAAGAAAGCUCUUGCUUUGGUAUGGGCUAUUCAAAAGUUACAUUUGUAUUUAUAUGGAAAAAAUUUUAAGGUCAUAGUGGACCACAAACCUCUCAAGUUCAUUUUUGCUUCUGGUUCUAAAUUAAAUGCACGUAUUGCAAGAUGGCAAAUCAAAUUACAGGCAUACGAUUUCGAUGUAAUACAUCAAAAAGGAGAAGAGAACAUUGCAGAUUUUAUCUCUAGAAACUGUACUCCAAAUGAAGUACAUAGUGAUUCAGAUGAAAAUGAAAUUACAGCAUAUGUAAAUUUCUUAGUGACAAAAAUGGCACCCAAAUCAAUAUCACUCGAAGAUAUAAAAACAGAGGCAACAGACAUCAGUUUAGUUUCAGUAAAAACAGCGUUGUUGUCGGGUAAAUGGCAUGACAAUCCAAUACUUGAACCGUAUCGCUUAUUGCAACAAAAAGUUUACUGGGUCACUAUAAAUACCGAUAAAAAAGCAUAUGUUAAAAAGCGUUUGGGAUGUCAAGCAAAUUCACGUGUUCCAAAUCCUGAACCAAUAAAAUUGUCGAAUUUACCAGAACAUGUUUGGGAUGAAUUAGCAAUAGAUUUUUUUGGACCAUUACCGUCAGGAGAGUAUUUAUUUGUUAUAGAAGAUUUAUAUUCAAGAUACCCAUUUGUUGAUAUAAUAAAAACCACAACAGUAUCAAGCGUCAUAAGUAAACUAGAAAGAUUAUUUGCUAUAUUUGGUUAUCCUAACAAAAUUAGAAGUGACAACGGACCACCGUUUCAAAGCGAAGAAUUCAAACUAUACUUUAAAAAUGUUGACAUUAAGAUAACGCCUCAAUAUUCGCAACGGUAUCGUAGAAAAAUUUAUGCAAGUUAUAGGAAAAACAAUUAA